CCAAGAGAAAGUCAGCAAAACGCGCGUCUUCCGCGCGUCUGGAAAGUUGUCAUCUGUAUCAAAUAUCUUUCUUACAGAACAGAACAAAAACAUAACUCGCCGCUUCAGUCACGAAAGAUAUCCGAGUUGUCUCGACAUGGACCGAUUUAACUCGUGACUCAGCUGUUUACUUGCUAUUCACGUUUUCCGCCAUCAAAGUCUCCCAAUUUAUCUACCGUUGCUUUCAAUCAUCCGAAAUGUCAUCGUUCUCGAUGGAGACUCACCCGGAAGCUCUCAGGCGAGAACGAAUCCUUUCCAGCAAACUCUACUUCAACGUCCCCGAAUCAAAGGUUUCGAUCAUCUAUUCAUCAGCAUACGACAUCUCCUUCAUGGGGAUUGAGAAGUUGCAUCCGUUUGAUUCAACCAAGUGGCGUCGAGUUUGUAAGUUCCUUGUUUCUGAUGGGUUCUUGGAGGAGAAAUCAAUCGUUGAGCCUCUAGAAGCUUCCAACAGUGAUCUUCUAGUGGUACAUUCGUUGAACUACUUAAACAGUUUGAAAAGCAGUGCAACUGUCGCUAGGAUAACCGAGGUUCCACCAGUUGCUUUCUUCCCAAACUUUCUUGUGCAGCAGAAGGUUCUAAGCCCAUUCCGAAAGCAGGUUGGUGGGACGAUUCUAGCAGCUAAACUUGCAGUGGAACGUGGAUGGGCAAUAAACGUAGGAGGAGGUUUUCAUCAUUGUACUGCUGAAAGAGGAGGCGGGUUUUGUGCUUUUGCUGAUAUCUCUCUUUGUAUUCACUUUGCUUUUCUUCGUCUAAGCAUCUCCCGGGUUAUGAUAAUAGAUCUUGAUGCUCAUCAAGGGAAUGGCCAUGAAACAGAUCUUGGCGAUGAUAGUCGUGUUUACAUUCUGGAUAUGUAUAAUCCUGAGAUAUACCCUUACGAUUAUAGUGCUAGAAGAUUUAUCGAUCAGAAGGUUGAAGUGAUGAGCGGGACCAGCACUGAUGAGUAUUUGAGGAAACUAGAUAAAGCGCUUGAGGUUGCUUUCCGAAACUUCCAACCAGAGAUGGUAGUUUACAAUGCUGGAACCGAUAUCUUAGACGGAGACCCUCUGGGGCUUCUAAAGAUAAGCCCUGAUGGUAUAACAAGCAGAGACGAGAAAGUCUUCAGAGUUGCAAGGGAGAGAGAGGUUCCUGUUGUGAUGCUGACUUCAGGCGGGUACAUGAAGUCCAACGCCAGAGUUAUUGCGGAUUCCAUAGAGAAUCUCUCACGUCAAGGGUUAAUCAAGACACAACUGGACUCAGCUUCCACGUGAACUGUUCUCAAGAGCCAAUGCAGCUAUGCUAGAGCUUCUAUGCGUUGUAUACAUGUGAAUACAUAACCCGUCUUGUCUUGUGUGUAAUGUGUUCUUUUUCAUUCCAAACACAACAUAUAGUGAUGAUUUUUGCAGCUUU